CCGAAAAAUCUUUGAGAUACGCUUUGAAGAGGAUGGUAUUUUUUGUGCAAUUUGCAGAAGGUUACUAAAUCCUAAUUAGGCCUGAAAAAAAAAAAAAAGGGGGUUCAUUUUCGGGUUGAAUUUGGGUCAGACAUUGUUCUCCGCCUCUCCCGGUGACUAACCGUCUGGUUCCUGGCUAGACCGAGAUGGGAUUGAGCCGGGCCUUAGACCAAUUCUGUCCUGGGUAUCCAUGAGUAUAUGGUUAGUUGCUAGCCACCAUUGUGAAUUUGUAACUGCAGUUCAUGCUUUAGCUCUCUAACGGUAAUUUGAAUUUGUACUAUGAACCUUCCUGGCUAUUCUCCCAACGCUACCCAACUGUCUCAACCUCCAAAGCCACUCUCUCCUCUCACCCACCCAACUCCAACGCAAACCCAAUUCCCUAAUCCUAAUGGCAAACCAUCAAUCCAUAGAAAGGAUCUCCUCCUCAGGCACAAUGAUCAAUCUCUUAUUGAUCCCACCGUGUCAUGGACUUCCUCCAUUGCUCGCCGAUGCCGAAACGGGCAGCUUGCUGAAGCUGCCAUGGAGUUCACUCGUAUGAGAAUCAAUAGUGUUGAGCCUAAUCAUGUCACAUUCGUGACCCUUCUCUCUGCUUGUGCUGAUUUCCCCUCCGAAGCCCUCUGUUUCGGUUCUUCCAUCCAUGGAUAUGUAAGAAAACUGGGAUUGGAUAGGAACAAUGUUGUAUUGGGCACUGCUCUUGCUGAUAUGUACUCAAAAGGUGCUCGUGUGUAUCUUGCUCGCCAGAUGUUUGAUGAAAUGUUUGUGAGGAAUAAGGUGUCAUGGAACACGAUGAUUGAUGGGUACAUGAGGAAUGGGAUGGUUGAAGAUGCAAUCAAGUUAUUCAAUCAGAUGCCACAGAAGGAUAAGAUUUCAUGGACUGCAUUGAUUGGUGGGUUUGUCAGGAAAGGUCUAUUUGAGGAAGCGUUGGAACAAUUUCGAGAAAUGCAGCUUGCUGGAAUAGAGCCUGACUAUGUGACUAUCCUGUGUGUCCUCUCUGCUUGUGCGAACUUGGGAGCACUUGGUGUUGGCCUAUGGGUGCACCGCUAUGUUCUACAAAAGGACUUUGGUGAGAAUAUCCGGUUAAGUAACUCGUUAAUCGAUAUGUACUCUCGAUGUGGUUAUAUUGAAUUUGCACGUCAAGAAUUUGAGAAGAUGCCCAUGCGGAGCUUGGUCUCUUGGAACUCGAUCAUCUCAGGCUUGGCUGUUAAUGGUCACUCUGAAGAUGUUCUUCAACACUUUGAAAUGAUGCAGAAAGAGGGGUUCAAGCCAGAUGGAGUGAGUUUCACUGGGGCACUUACUGCCUGUAGCCAUGCUGGCUUAGUUGAUGAGGGACUCCGGUUUUACAAUUCCAUGAAGAGAAUUCACAGAAUUGUCCCCAGGAUUGAGCACUAUGGUUGCAUAGUAGAUCUUCUUAGUAGGGCUGGGCGACUGGAAGAUGCAUUGCAUAUAAUAGAAAGCAUGCCCAUGAAGCCAAAUGAAGUUGUCUUGGGAUCAUUGCUGGCAGCAUGUAGGACUCAUGGGGAUGUCAAUUUGGCUGAGAGGUUGACUGAUUAUCUUGUUGAAUUGGAGCCUGGUUGUGAUUCCAAUUAUGUUCUACUUUCAAACAUAUAUGCUGCUGUUGGAAGGUGGGAUGGUGUAAGCAAGGUUAGGAAUACCAUGAAAGCUCUUGGAAUAAAGAAGAAAGCUGGAUUCAGUGCCAUUGAGAUUGAAUGUGGCAUCCAUGAGUUUGUGGCUGGUGAUAAAUCCCAUAUACACUCCGACUCAAUUUAUGCAAUGCUCAAUCAGUUGUUUAUUGAACUGAGACUAUGUGGGUAUGUACCUGAAACCAGUGUUGGUGGGUUAUCUGAAUAUGACUAAACAUCAAAUGGAAAAAUGCUGAUAUGAUUCAAUUCAGAUUCCUGAGCCAUCAAGAUGUGGGUCCAUGCUUGAGAGGUGUCAGUUCCAUGCUUGAGAGGUGUCAAUGUUGCAUGGCAAUUCUUAUGUGGUGCAGCCUUUUACCAUUUUUCAAGUCUGUUUGGGUGUAUCGAUAUAUGAAAACUUGAAGGCUUGGUUGUGCAGUGUGGUACCCAUUCACAGUUCAAAGCGACAAACAGUGUAAAGAAAAACUGAUGGUACUUAUCGACUUAAUAGCAGAGGGAAGAGCUAGAACCGGCAUCUUCAGUGAUGGAAUAUGAGUUGAAUGGUUUUGCACUUUCCAUUUGGUUCUGGAAAUGACUCGGCUAAUGUAAAACUUUGCACUUUGAUGCUGGAAACUCUGAUACACUUCGUGAAAUCACUUGCAUAUUAUGUACACAGUUCAAAAGGUAUUUAAUGGGAGUUUCUAAUUAAA